AUGUUUGUCAAGACUUCCUUCCUCGCCGCCGGCCUGAUGGCCUCCACUGCCCUUGGCCACGCCCUCCACAAGCGUGACACCUUCGGCUGCGGUGCUCCUGAGCCUUCUGAGGAGCUGCUCUUCAAGGCUGGCGAGAUGGCCACCCAGGAGAAGGCCGUCAAGGAGUCUGGCAUCAAGUUUGCCCAGGCUGCCAUCUCGGUCCCCACCUGGUUCCACGUCGUUGCCGCCUCCCAGUCCGAGGAGGACGGAUACGUGAGCGACGCCCAACUUGAGGAGCAGCUCGCCGUCCUCAACGACAACUUCGCCCCCUCUGGCAUCUCCUUCACCCUCGCCGGCACCACCCGCACCAUCAACUCCAACUGGGCCGACGAUGGUGCUGAGCUCACCAUGAAGAAGUCGCUCCGCAAGGGUGACUAUGGUACCCUGAACGUCUACUUCCAGAGGGAGAUCGGCGGCAACCUCGGCUACUGCUACUUCCCCGACAACGUCAGCUCCGGCUCCAACGACUUCUACUACGACGGCUGCUCCAUCCUGUCGGCGUCGGUCCCCGGCGGUAGCGCCACCAACUACAACCUUGGCAAGACGACCACCCACGAGGUCGGCCACUGGUUCGGUCUGUACCACACCUUCCAGGGUGGCUGCACCGGCUCCGGCGACCAGAUCGCCGACACGCCCGCCCAGGCCAGCUCCUCGUCCGGCUGCCCCACCGGCCGCGAUUCGUGCCCCAGCCAGGCUGGUCUUGACCCCAUUCACAACUACAUGGAUUACUCUGAUGACGCUUGCUACGAGGAGUUCACCGAGGAUCAGAUCACCCGCAUGACCAACAUGUGGAACACUUACCGUGCUUAG